UAAUUUGACGUUUUCAUUUUCAGUGCUCGUAGUUGAACGAAUCGGUAUCUAAAUAUUAUUAGUUAAACUUGAUAAAGAUUGAAAUAAUUUAGUGAUAACUGAAUAAUAACUUUUCCUUGUAGCCAGACUUUUUAGUUAAAAAAAAAAUAAUGGAGAAUUGUGACAGUUCUCCUGCCCCUAGCAAAGUGUCCUACGACCCCGGAUGGAAUGAUCCACCCAGUUUUGCAUACAAUGCACAAAAUACAGCACCUAACAGACCUCGAAAUAUUCUAAACAAAAGGGUUGCUUUUCCAUUAUCAGGAAAUGCCACGAAUUCAAUCCCACCACCAUCCAUAAACUUACCACCCAUGCCGUCCUCAUUGGAACUACAAACUCUUACCCAAAAUAUCGUACCAGAAACAAAAUCUGAUGAACAUAUUGAGUUGGAUAGUGAAAGUACACUGAAAGAAGUCAAGGACAUACUAUUACAAUUAUUGGAAUCAAGCAGUGAAUUAGGACCUAAAUCUGAAAGUAUUAAAAAGAAAAUUGCCACAAUGGAAGAUAUGUGGCGGAAUAAUAAAUUAACUAAAUUAGUUCAGUUACGGAUGAGAGACUUAGCUUAUGCGCUUAGGGAUGACACUCCUAAAAAAGCUGACGACAUCCAUAAAGCAUUAAUGGUGGACCAUGUGAGUGCUGUUUGCGCUUGGAUGCCGGGAGUCAAACAGCUUAUCUACCAUUGUAUUGCUCGCUCUGAACUAUUGGCUAUUGAUAAAGAAUAAACAUUUAUGACAAUCUGCUCUCGUAGACAUACACAAGCAAGUACUGUUACUUAUACUGUAUUCAUAAGUGUAAUUUUUUUAUUUUAAUGAAAUCAAACACGUCAAUGCUCUGUUACAUAGCAAUAUGUAUAUUAAUAUAUCAAAAUCUGUAACAAAUUAAUGUAAAAGAUAUUGAGAUCGAACUUUCACGAGUUUCAAUGAAAAAAAAAACUACAUACAUGUGAGACAUCUGUUGCUGAAAAGUAACCGAAACAUCGGGAGUAUGUAGAUUUUUUACAAAAAUAAAGCACGCGUAGUAUAUCCGAAAAAUAUUAGUUUCAUUUAAAUAUUAAAAAAAGAUUUCUCAUAUAGAAACUUUAACAAUUUUUUCUAAUUUUUCGGUUUAAUACUUAUAUAGUGCACUUAAAAGUGAUGAAUUGUCGUCACUGUUAAACAGCAAAGCAUGAUGGUCGUUAACAAUACCUGAAUUAUUUCAUGUUUUAGAAAUCUAUAGAAUAAAAAUACUUCCGGACAUGUGAGUCGGUGAUCCAAAGUUAUAUAUAAUAUUCAUGCUAUCCCUGAUUUUAAUGUGUUACUAUGUGUUGUAUAUACCCCGAGGCUAUAAAAGCAAUGAUAGACACAGUACUGUUAUUAAAAUAUGUAUAUUUAUUAGGUGCCAGAUUCAUAAUUUACAAUAUUCCGUUCAGAAAUCGAUACAUAGUUUAUAAAUCCUAUAUUUGUGUGAUAAAUGUCUGUAAGUUUCAUUAUGAUUGUGUGCGGUUUAUAUAUUUUCAAAAUUAUUGCUAGUCAUGACGGUGAUUCCAAAACUAUUUGUAUGAUAAAAGUGUGUUAUUCUUCUGUGUAUUUUUUUAUAGUUAUACAGAUUUUUACGUAUGUGAUACUCAAUGGAUUUAAACAUCGACAUAUGUACAGGACACGAUGUACAGUAAAUAUAUUAAAUUGUAAAUAAAAGAAAUUAAACAAUUA